AUGCGUCCCCCUGCAGCGUCCCCGGCCAUCUCCUCCGGCCGAUGCCGGCAUCCGGCUUCCGUGUUCCAGUCCCUGUGACGUCAGGACGUACGGGUGCCGGAACCGGCGACAAAUGUGAACUUUUUAAAAAAUGUCAUUUUUUUAAAAAUGAUUAUUACAUACAUUUCACAUACAUUUUGUCCCUACUGCUUUGUCCUGUGCCCUGCCUGCAUUUUAACUGUUCUUUCUGCCUGGAAACUUAGAAAGGUUCGUGGCGUCCAAAAAUCUUCCCUUUAUGUCAAAAUCGGUUUUAGACCAGCUAGAGAACAGCGAUAGUAAAUCAGAACCACUUGCAGAAUUGA